AUAUAUAUAUCCCUUUUUUUUUGCAUAGAAAUGUUAGUAUAUUAGUUGCUAUAUUAGUAUUUUCUCAUUCACCAGAUUUUUAACUCCACUGUUAUAACUCCUUCCAUUACUUUGAUCCUUAGUUCAAACUAGGUAACAGUUAUGUUAGGACUUUUUGAGACUUGCUUCACUUUUCUCAACAAAAAGGCCAAAUUCCUCUUCAAUCAACCAAGAAGCAUGAACAUUAUAAGAGAACCUAACACAAGAUUAUCUUCUUUUGUUGAUAUGGAGAUGUCUAAUCAGUUCAAACAAGUUUUCAAGCUGAUCGACACUAAUGGAGAUGGCAAGAUAUCAACCAGUGAGCUAAGUGAGUUACUUUCAUGUUUGGGAUGCAAAGAUAGCAUAGCUGCUAAAGAAGCUGAAGGUAUGGUAAAUGUUUUGGACUCAAAUGGAGAUGGGUUUGUAGAUUUGGAGGAAUUCAUGGUUGUUAUGGAUGACAAAGAAGGCAAGUUUGGUUGUGCCAAUGACAAGGAGCAAGAUGAGUAUCUCAUGGAUGCUUUUCAUGUCUUUGACACUGAUAAGAAUGGUCUAAUUUCAGCUAAGGAACUUAAGAGAGUUCUGAUAAAUUUAGGAUUUGAUCAUUGUAGUAUUGGAGAAUGCAAGCGUAUGAUCAAAGGGGUUGAUAAGAAUGGAGAUGGGUUUGUGGAUUAUGAAGAAUUUAGGUCUAUGAUGAAAUCAGGACAAGAUUAGUCAAGUAAUUAAAGCUUGUUUGAGAAAUCAAAAUAGGAUAGCAAUUAGGAUAGUGUAGUAUUGUCCAUAUUGGAUUGUCUACGAUUAUAAUAUAUUGUAAUAUUCAAAGAAGAGAUCAAACAUCACAAUUUAAUUGUGUCUAUACCAAACAUUUAGAAAGAAGUCUAAUAUCAGGAGCAUGUGAAGAAUAUUAGUAAUGCAAUUGAAGAGAAGUGUUUGAAGGAACAAAGAAGAACAAGAGAAUAAUUUGAUGAAAAAAUGCUCUGGAAGAAGAAAAAGAGAGUCCAUGGAAUAAGUCAAUACUACAAGUCUAUGAAAAGAUUGUGUGCAAUUUCCUCUUAGACAAUGAAGAAUUAAUCUAAAAAAAGAAAUAAUGUGAGCAAAAGAGAAAUAUAAUUUAGUAUCGAUCAUUUGAUUGUUAAGAUGAAAAUUUUCUUCCUAACUACAAUUAUUUCUUGGGAUAUUAACUUUACA